AUGAUGCCCUCCCAUUUCGUCCCAGGUUCUCCGGCCACGGGAAUCCGCAAGAGUGCGAAUCCGGCAAUCUUAUUUUGCUUCUCCUUACACGUUUGCUGUCAAGAGGAUGUCCUUGCCAUUAAGAGGUCGAUACUCGUUGGCGCUGAUGCGGUUGAAGUGGAUAUGGAGGUUGUCGUAGAAGAGAUUGGAUUCUACAAAGAUGUUGGCAAGAGCGGACCCAUCGUUUAUUGA